AUGAAUAUGACCGCGCUAGGCACCGUCUUCCCAGGCCCAACGACACCCGCACCACUGCCGGAGAAUAUUCCGGGCAAAAAGUCGACAAAGAAGCGCAUCAGAAACUUUUCCGCCGAUGAUCGCGCCGCCCACCGGAUCUUUGAGCGGGGCCGCCGCGAAGCGUUCAAGGAACGCUUGACAGAACUCGCUGGCCAGCUGCCUGUCCUCGCAGACACGGAUCCCGAGCGACUCUCGAAACAUGUCGUCGUAAACCAGAGUAUUGCCCGUCAUAAGCUCCUGGAGAGCCGGUGUAUCGACGCUCUCCGAGCCAUUGAGUCUUUGCUCCGAGAGCGUGAUGAGUUGCUGGCCGAGGUCAACAGCUGGAGGCGUACCGCCGGUGCGAACCCCCAGCUUCCGAAAAGUCUCUCCAAUGUCGCGGGCCUGAUACAAACCGAGAGAGAAAUGCAGAGACGUGCAGUGGACGCUCAUAAUGUCCAUAAUAGAAGGGAUUCCGGUCAAGCUGGUGGGCCUCGCGAUGAUCUUCACCAAGCUGCCACGGGAACAAUCACCCACGCGACUGAAGCGUCUCACCUCACGCAGCUUCUGCUCGCCGACCCAACACAGGAGGUGAACCCCCUCUCAGACCUGGAUGAUUUAUUGCGCGACACGUCAUGGUCUCAAGCUACCCAGACACCUAUGCCAGCAUUUCCUGCCGAAACCUCCCUGGCGAGGACAGGUGACAUCAAAAGCAUGCGACCAACCAUCCCGCAGGCCAUAGAUCCUCUACCGGAGUCUUCAUCCGAUGCCAAUAGUAGCUAUAAAAUCUUUGGUGAUGCGGAUUCAACCCAAGAGACACUCCUUCUCAGCAUGGAUUCGAUACAAUUUCCUAUUCCGGACGACGAGUCCUUUGCACUACAAGACAUACCCCUUUCACCUGGCUAUCUUCCUCGAACUGUAUUAGAUCAAGCAGCACCGUUACAACAAUCUCAACAAUGGGUCUCUUGGAACGGAUAG